AUGUCAUACCUUGCUAGCACCAGCUGCCAGCUGAUCUGCUUGUUCGCCAGGCGGAUCAAACCAGGAGGCAGAGAGGAGCUGGAGGGGCUGGAGGCCUUCAGUAUCCCAGUGAUCCAGAUUGUGUAUGAGACACUAAAGGACCAGCAGGAGGGAAAGAAGGGCAGAGCUACUGUCAAGACUGGAGGAGCUAUCUUCAACUGUUGGCAGAUGAAUCCUUAUGACCGCAGUCCAGCCUUUGCAAUUGGUCCAGAUGGAUUGUGUUGCCAGAGCAGGGAGUUUAAAGAGUGGCAUGGCUGCCGCUCCACUAAAGGUGUCACCAAAGGAAAAUACUACUAUGAGGUGACGUGCCAUGACCAGGGUUUGUGUCGUGUUGGCUGGUCCACCAGUCAGGCAGCUCUGGAUUUGGGGACUGAUAAAUAUGGCUUUGGUUUUGGUGGAACUGGAAAGAAAUCCCACAACAAGCAGUUUGACAGCUAUGGAGAGGAGUUUACCAUGCAUGACACAAUUGGAUGCUACCUGGAUCUAGAUAAUGGCCAUGUCUCGUACUCCAAAAACGGCAAUGACUUUGGUUUGGCUUUUGAGAUUCCCCAACAUCUGAAGAACCAACCUUUCUUUGCCUCCUGUGUGUUGAAGAAUGCAGAGCUGAAGUUCAACUUUGGAGGCGAAGAUUUUAAAAAUCCCCCUAAGAACGGGUUUGUAGCUCUGGACAAGGCACCAGAUGGUCAUGCAAUCAAAUCUGCUCAGACAGGAAGUGCCAAAGUGAGCCAGAUGAAGGCAUCAUCCAACGCUCCCAAAGCCCUGAUCAUCGAGCCCUCCAAAGAGUUAGCUGAGCAAACCCUCAACAAUGUCAGCCAGUUUAAGAAAUAUGUGGAAAACCCCAAAGUCAGGGAUCUGCUGAUUAUUGGUGGAGUGGCAGCAAAAGAACAGUUGGCUAUUCUAGAACAGGGGGUUGACAUUGUGGUGGGAACACCAGGGAGGCUGGAUGACCUCAUAUCCACUGGGAAGCUUAAUCUGUCCCAAGUCCGAUUCCUGGUGUUGGAUGAGUGUGAUGGUCUCCUCUCAGCAGGCUAUACAGACUUCAUCAACAGGGUCCAUAACCAGAUCCCCCAGGUCACGUCUGAUGGCAAGAGGCUGCAGCUAGCUCCGGUGUUCACCACCAUCUUCAAUCUGUCCCUGGCCCACUCUGUCGUCCCCACCUGCCUAAAAAAGUCCACCAUCAUCCCUGUGCCCAAAAAGACCAACCCAGCCGGUCUAAAUGACUUCCGCCCUGUAGUUCUGACCUCCGUGGAGUACUGA